AUCAGAGCGCACUCAGUCUGGGUGUGCCGCUCCCUGUUAGCAAAGCUGCUGAACGGAGACGAACUGCUGCUUUCUGUCUCAGUUACAGUGAAACUACAAACUCCAGCUGUAGUUAAUCUUUUGUGAAGUGUAACAGAGUGGUCAGGUAACGGUUAGUGCUCUCUCAGGUGUAUUUACUCUCACUGAAGAGGUGUCUUUUCCUGUUCCGGGACUGUGCAGUUGUUGUCCUCCGCCUUGGUGUUUGCUCCUGUGAUCUGCUGAAGAUAACAUAUCCCGACUCUGAUAAGAUGGCGGACUGUGUCUCUAAAGUGGAGCUGAGCGUCUCCUGUUCUGACCUGCUGGAUAAAGAUGUCGGCUCAAAGUCUGAUCCUCUGUGCGUGCUGCUUCAGAGCUCAGGAGGAGAUAAGUGGACCGAGCUGGGUCGUACUGAACGUUUGAAGAACUCCUCCAGUCCGUCGUUCAGUCAGCGUCUCAGACUGGAUUAUCACUUUGAGACGGUUCAGAAUCUGAAGCUGGGGGUCUACGAUAUCGACAACUCCAGUGCCGACCUCGGCGAUGAUGACUACUUGGGAGGGGUGGAGCUAACACUGGGACAGGUCACAGCAGAGGAGGUAAAGGACAACAGAGCCAUUGUGUUGGAGCUGGAGGCUAAAAACCUCGACAAGAAGGUAGCUCUGCUCUUCUUCCUCAUCUUCCUCCUCUCCACCACCACCUCUUCAGGACUGUGUUGCUCUUCUUAA